AUGACAAAGAGAGUUUGUGUAGUAGGGGCAGGUGCCGCUGGGUUAACUACAACCAAGUGGUGUCUCCAAGAGGGAUUGGAUGUCAUUUGUUAUGAUAAGCGAGCAUUAGUAGGUGGUCUAUGGAGUUUGGAGGACGAGGUGUCACGUGCUGAUCUUAACAAUCCAGCUGAUAUCCAAUGUAGGCCUUUUGCGACGUGUCAAACAAACGACAAUAAAGAGGCAUUUGCUUUCUCUGACUUCAGGCUUCCAAAGGAUUGCCCAAUCAAUCUCGUUCCCCGUAGAGUCGGUCAGUACCUCGAGGACUACACUGACCAUUUCAAUCUACGACCUCAUAUCAAGUUGAACACACGUGUUGUGAAUAUCAAACGUAAACAUAAUGAUCAUGGAUGGCUCGUGACUACCAAACCCAUCGGGGAAUCCCACGAGAAAGUGCGCACUGAUGAAGUUGAUGCUGUAGUUAUCUGUAGUGGUUCAUUUAAUCGUCAGUAUAGGCCUAGCGUUAAGGGUAUCGAAUCAUUUAAAGGUGAGAUAAGCCAUGCCGGUGACUUCUACCGUCCGGAUAAGUUCAGAUCAAAAAAUGUUUUGGUAAUUGGCGGGAGUACUUACGCCUCGGAAAUUGCUUGUGACAUUAGCAGGGAGGCUGAGCAGACGUACCUUAGUGCCCGACAUGGUCUUUGGCCGAUGCAACGAAUGAUUGGUGGAAUGCCUUACCAGUACACCCCUAUUUGGUCAAGAUACACUAAUCUGCGUUAUAACGUGAGCCAAUUUGAUCAAUUGUUUGGACCAUUCCUUAGACGGAGGUUUAACUUCAGGGACUAUAGUAUGGAACCUACACGUGGACUGUGUAGAAUGCAAGUAGCUACGUGUGACGAUAUUGAGUUUAGGAUAGCCGCGGGGGCAUUGACGAUGAAAGGUGAAAUCAAGGAGAUGACAAAGAACAGAGUUACAUUUAAGGACGGAAGUAGCAUUGAUGGCAUUGAUUCAAUUGUAUUUGCAACUGGUUUCAAAUUAAGUCUCGACUUUCUGGAGGAAGACCCUUCUUUAGGACCAUUCGAACCAUCAACGUCGUACAAAUACGUGAUUCCAGUGGAGGAUGAAUCAAGGUCUCUCUGUUUCGUAGGUCUAGUAUAUAUGAUGGGUCCUAAUUUGGUGUGCAUAGAGCUACAGGCAAGGUUAGCUGCGAGAGUUAUAGCCGGAAAACUGAUGUUACCAUCAAAAGAAGAAAUGGAGCGAAGUAUAGAAAAGGACCGGAUGGAAAACAAAGAAACAUUUGGAGAGAUGGAGACUUAUAAGCAAUUAAUAUGGGUACCACCAUAUAUGGAAAGCAUAGCCGAGCUAAUCGGAGCACGACCGACACCAUGGAGGAUCUUUCUCCUAUUCUUCAUGGACCCUAAACUUGCUCACCAGCUUCUGUUUAUGUUCCCUUACGCCCCUACUUACAGGCUUUAUGGCGCUCACUCUGAUUGGGAACAAUCUCGGAAAUUCAUAAUGGAGAUUGAUGAGAAUUUAUUGAUACCUUUGAGGACGGUGAAGUAUCCUGAAACCCCGCAAAGAGGGUGUAAUAAGAUACGUGUUUUGAUUGGCUGUGCCAUUUUGUGUCUCAUUGGUGCUUGGUUGUACAGCAGGUGGAUAACGUGGGGAAGACUUCCUUAA